CGUCAUUGUAGGUGCUUGUGAACUGGAACUGGAGGGGCAGGUUGAGGGGUGGUCUUGGGGGUGAAGGUUUGCCUGGCGCGGGGAACGGGGGCUUUGGGCUCGCGUGCCCAACAGUGCCAGCCGGCACGCGUGUACCGUGUCAAGGAAUCGUCGCCAUCCGGCGAAAGACGUUUCGUUCAUAACUCUGUUGCGGGUGCGAGCAGUGUCAGGGGCUGCGACCCGGGUGGCUUCUCCGGGACGCCCACCGACUCAACAGCUGUCGAUGCUGACAAUGCAUUCUCUCGCUCGCGCGCGCCCGAUCCUGCCGACGAGGCAGCGAGCGAGCGCAUGCGUGCUGCAGCGUGCUAGCAGCAAGCAGCCUCGGCGAGUCACGGCGCGAGCAGGCUUUGAAGAGACCCUUGCGGAAGCGGCGCUGGGUUUUGGCGACGCGGCACAGGGCCUGGUCGACGCCGCAGCCGACUUCUCUCUGGGCGACUUCGUUCCCGCCAUACCGUCCAUGCCCUCUCUCCCGUCGAUGCCCUCGCUGCCCUCAGUCCCCUCGCUACCCUCCCUUCCGUCGGUUCCGUCCCUGCCCUCGGGACUGCCCGGCGUCUCGUUGGUUCCUAGCCUGCCCUCCAUCCCUGUGGAGGUCACCCAGGCGACCGCGUUCAUGGUUGACCAUCCCGUCGCCACGUUCGCUGCGGCUGUGGGCGCCGUGCUGGUCAUCCCGAAGCUGGUCGAGCUGUUUGUGCGCUACCUGGCCGGCCCGGUGGCGGUGGCGCUGCUGGCGUUUUACGUGCUGGAGAACCCCGUGGAAUCGGCCAGCAUGGUGACCACCGUGCUUGACUUUGUGAACGACUACCCGGUCACCAUCCCCGUCGCCGUUGUGGGCCUCGCAUUCUUCGGCCUCGUGCCUGCGCUGCUGACGGCCACGGCCGCCACGGCGCUGGUGUACGCGCUGUUGUCCCUGUCCUUCGGCACCAGCGUGCCCGAGGUGCAGGAGAUGCAGGGCUCGUUCGGCGAGACAGUGGAGAAUCUGCAGAUCCUGGGCAAGGUGACCUACCGCACCGUUGAGCGCCUCUUGGAGCAGCAGUCAUAGGUGGCAGCGGCAGCCAUGAUGGCAGGAUGCCGCAGCGCACGGCAGCUUGCGGCUUGGGGCGUGUGCGGCUGGUGGUGGACGGCAAUGCUGGGGAUCGGCUGGCCAUGCAGCUGUGCAGUCACUAGGAAAGGGUGCGACUGUGAGCCAGUCUGAACGGCUGGUGUGUUGCUAUCCGGGAGGGUCGGUGGCAACGCGUAAUAAUGCACGGUGUUCCAGAAGGUUCCUGGUGUGAAGAUUAUUACUUUCGGACUUGUGUUUCUGUGGAUUCAGUCGACGGUUUAAGAAGAACGGUGAGCAGCUCCGUGCGCUGUGGGCCGGAUGUUACAGCGCCAGCGCAACAAUGGAACAAACCGGAUGGGGCUCGGGCACGCCCUGAAGAGUUGCAAAGGCUUCACUCGUAAAGGUCACGUGCUCCACUGGUCAUAGAUACCGAGCCAUUUCAUCCUAGUAAGGCCGGAUACUAUAACAUACCACAGCUGUUUCGAUCUUGUGUGCAGCAAGCCAGAGGUUGCAGCAAGCAGUCUGCACAAACGUGGACCAUGCCAGCAUGGCAGUAACGAGACAUUAGCCUCAUAGCCUGUCAUCAUUCGCCUCUCCUGCCAUCUCGGUUACCGAAGUCUUCGAAGCACAUAUCCGAUUCAUGCGAUCACGCUAGUUCACAUUCGAAUCCAAUCAAUUCAUGUAUCCAAUCAAGCUCGCCACACCAUAGAUGAACGGC